AUGUCUUCGUCAAUUGACUUACAAGAGGUUCAUGAUUUCCUCACGGCGUUGGCCAAAGAGUGUGGAGACAUAAUUAGUUCCCAUAGUGGCCGGGAGACCUUUGACGACAAGAAGAACUCUGUUGAUUUGGUUACAAAGAUCGAUAAGCAGGUCGAGACCCUUGUUAGCGAGCGUAUCAGGGCCAGCUUCAGCGGGUGCAAGUUCAUUGGGGAGGAGACGUACAUCCCUGGAGAGACUCAGUUGUCCGAUGACCCAACGUUCAUUGUGGAUCCAAUUGACGGCACUACAAACUUCAUCCAUAACUUCCCUUACUCGUGUAUCUCUCUGGGAUUCACGUUGAACAAGGAACCCGUGGUUGGUGUGAUCUAUAACCCUCACCUGGACCUGCUGUUCCACGCCAUCAAGGGUAAAGGUGCUUUCCUCAAUGACAAGCGUCUGCCAAAGGCUCAGGAUACAAAGCCUUCAUUGACGCUUCAAUCUUCCCUGAUCGGCCUUGAAUCCGGUUCAGAUCGUGGUGGUGAGUUAUUUGAACGUAAGUGGGAUCUCAUGAAGAGCCUCAUGAGUCAAAACGGUGGAUUUGCACAUGGUUUCAGAUCCCUCGGCUCUGCAGCAAUGAACAUUUGCCAUGUUGCUACUGGCCAGCUCGACAGUUAUUGGGAAGGUGGCUGUCAGAUGUGGGACGUGUGUGCCGGCUGGGUGAUUCUUCAGGAGACUGGUGGUAUCUGUGUUGGUGGUAACAGGGCUGUCUGGAAUAACACCAUUGACAGUAGAGUGUAUCUUUUCGUUAGAGGUGCUGACCCAGAGGAGCAAAAGAACUACGUUGAACAGUUCUGGAGUUAUACCACUGGUGAUUUGAAUUACUAA